GUCAUCGUUAAUGGAGAAGACACCACAAGCUUACAAGGUCAUGACGUAGAACGCGAAUCGUAUGAUAUGCGCAGAUUGCACGAGCAACCACGCGUGUCGGAUGUCAUAUACACUUCACAAGCCGAACCGCGAUAUUUGGCCGCGCCUGACAGAGACAUCAGCCUGCUUCAGCUGUUUUGUUGUUUUAGACCGCGAGCACACCGUGCUUCGCAUACUAAAGUGCAGAGAGGAUCCGCUUCCGCUCAGCCACAGACAGUACCAGCUCAGCCUACUUCUGCUACAAAAUCCUAGCAGGAUAAGCCUCUGAGGUGCCGUCCCCACCAAUUGAGCAGAAAUUCAGGCCGGGUUUUGCUACAUGCACUCUUGUAACGUAUACGGGUUGAAAUUUGUUGUUGAGCCUGUUCGCAGUCUGUAGCCACACUUGUAUAGGUGUUCCGUGAUUCAUAUAUUUGUGAACGAU